AUGUUAUCAUUAUUGCCAAUUUUACUUGGCUAAGUUUUGUGCCAGGUAUGUGAACAAUCUAUAAGGUAUGAAUCCUACCAAUAUUCGAUUAAUAUCGUUGAUCCUAAAUCAGCUUAAAUAUGGAACUAUGAUGAUUUGACAAGUAAGAUUGAAAUAAAAAAAUAGGGGUAAAUACCAAUUGUCCACCACUAACAUCUGAUUUAAAGGAUAUAGAAAGCUCAGCUAUCGAAUUGUUAGAUUUACAAAUAAUUUUGGAUAUACCUGAAAAUCUAACAAUCACAAGGAAUAGAACUGCUGGUCCAACAGUAUAAUAUUAGACUGAUGGAAUAAAGAUGAGAAGCCAAGGAAUUAAUAACUAUGUUUCUUAUUAAUCUUAAUUCUUUUAAUUCACCUAUGCCGAACAUAUCCUUGAUUUUCAAACUCAAACACCUGAUGCAGAAUUACAGAUAUUUAUGAUCUAAGAUCAAUUGUAUUCAUUGUGUGAUAUUGAACCGAUAUAUUCAGUUAUCUCCUUUCCAAUUUAUAAAUUAUCUGAAUAAUAACAGCUAAAAUUCAGUGGGCAAUUCAACAUGAAUACUGAUACAAUAAGUGAUUUCAACUUCAAAAAAAAUAUCUUAGGAACUGUAAAAUCAGACAUAUCCUCUUAUAUUACCUACAAAGCACCAAUUAACAUCCCGUAUAGAUAUUUAAUAAUUGUAGACCUUGUUCAACAGCCUAUUGGUACGUGUCCACAAACCCAUUAUUCUUUCAAUAGGACUAAUUAAAUUAGUUAUUGCAAUAGAAUCAAUACAAUAAAAUGAUAAGAGCCCAAUUGUAAAAUACUGUUAUUUAAUACAAUAAAGGAGUAAAUUAUAUUAUUGAAUAUAGAAAAUAUUAUUUUAUGGAGAUACUGAAUUUGGUGAAUAUGAUGACACUGUUGAAUGGGCUGCUACUUGGGUAGCAUCUAUAAUACCAUGCUUAAUAUUUGCUCUUGUUGUUUGUGUAUAUGGAUAAUAUGAAAUAUCAAAUAUUGGAAGAUAUAGAAGACAAGAAGUGAAGCAUGUUGAGCAAGAAAUUGAAAUGCUCAACUAAGAAGAAAAAUAAUUAUAAUGAAUU